AUGAAAUCAGUAUCAGCCCCUAAAAAUAAUUAUCAGAGAACUUUGAAUAACAGCUUUAGCACGCCUGACAAGAAAAUAAAUAAAGUAUGCGUAUGAAAUAUAUAAGAGUAGGUUAAAUACUCAAUCAACUUUGAAGCUGAGCGGUGAAA